GCUGCUUCUCGGGGUAGACAUCCCACUUUACAAAGCGGGGAUUAUUAAGAGAACUCACCUGUAAGAAUACAUAAAAAGGCAAAUCAUCUAGCAGCUCUUUAACAUGUACUCAAACAAAAACGAAGGACCACGUCGAGGAAGAUCUUUCGACUCCAUCAACAUUGGCUAUGAAGAAAAACUGCUGAACAAUGAGAUAAACAAAUCAACCUUCACAAAAAUUGAAGAAAACACUGAAAAGAAGAAUACAUCAGAGAAAGGGAAAGCGACAAUCAUCUUUUCUCUCAAGAAUGAAGUGGGAGGACUAGUUAAGGCGCUCAAACUCUUCCAGGAAAACCAUGUCAACCUUGUACACAUAGAGUCCAGAAAAUCCAAACGACGCAACUCUGAGUUUGAAAUUUUUGUGGACUGCGACAGCAACCACGAACAACUGAAUGAAAUAAUCCAGCUGCUCAGAAAGCAUGUGAACGUGGUGGAUAUGGAGCCUCCAGAUAACUCCUGUCUCGAUGAGGAAGAUAUGUAUAAUGUACCUUGGUUCCCAAAGAAGAUUUCAGACUUGGACAAGUGUGCUAACCGUGUCCUGAUGUAUGGCUCUGAGUUGGAUGCUGAUCAUCCGGGUUUCAAAGACAACGUCUACCGCAAAAGGCGAAAGUACUUUGCUGAUCUCGCGAUGGCCUACAAACAUGGGGAUCCCAUUCCUCGUAUUGAGUUCACAGAGGAGGAAGUGAAGACCUGGGGAGUUGUGUACAGAGAGCUCAACAAGUUGUACCCGACCCACGCCUGCCGGGAAUACUUGAAGAACCUGCCACUGCUGUCCAAAUACUGUGAAUUUCGGGAGGACAACAUCCCUCAGCUGGAAGACGUGUCACGCUUCCUCAAGGAACGCAGUGGAUUCACCAUCAGGCCUGUGGCUGGUUAUCUGUCCCCUCGGGACUUCCUCGCUGGUUUGGCCUUCCGGGUUUUCCAUUGUACCCAGUAUGUGCGGCACAGCUCUGACCCCUUAUACACCCCAGAGCCGGACACAUGCCAUGAGUUGCUGGGUCACGUCCCCCUGCUAGCAGAGCCCAGUUUUGCCCAGUUUUCUCAGGAGAUUGGUCUUGCGUCACUCGGGGCCUCAGAUGACUCAGUUCAGAAACUCGCCACAUGCUAUUUCUUUACGGUGGAGUUUGGCCUAUGCAAGCAAGAAGGGCAGCUGCGAGCAUAUGGAGCGGGACUGCUAUCAUCUAUAAGUGAGCUUAAGCAUGCACUAUCUGGCAAUGCAAGGAUAAUGCCCUUUGACCCCAAAGUCACAUCCAAACAAGAAUGCAUCAUCACAACAUUUCAGGAUGUCUAUUUUGUGUCAGACAGCUUUGAGGAGGCCAAAGUCAAGAUGAGGGAGUUUGCCAAGACCAUCAAGCGUCCCUUCACAGUCCGAUACAACCCUUACACCCAGAGUGUGGAUGUGCUGAAAGACACUCCCAGCAUCAACAGCGUGGUGGAGGAGCUUCGGCACGAGCUUGACAUUGUCGGUGACGCCCUCAGCCGGCUGAACAAGCAGCUGGGUAUCUGACGGCCCGCAUUCCAGUUGAAGUCAUCCACCUUCAGUCCAUCAUUGUUCGCUGUGUAACCCCAAAGCACCACUGUAGAGAUACUGCUUGUGUAUCGCCCUUCGUCAGUACAAUGAUUGUGCACUUCUUUUGUUAAAACCCUCCAUUGUCCCCACUACAAGGUGUAAUGCUUAUUCAAUUAACAGAGGCACAUUUUAUGUUUAGCCACUGACAUCAGUAAAUUGCACAAACCCAAGGAGCUGCUGGACCCCAGACACUGUUUUUGCUUCAGUUGUUUGUUGUCAGUUGUGCUUUGGCCCGGUCGGCUUCUGAAUUGCAAACAGUCAUCACGCUUUCAUGGUACUUUAUUACCUUUUUAAAAAAUCCCCAGCUGGUACAAACACCGAUGUGGUUUCUCCAUCCUAUUGUUAACUCUGCUGUUGUAUAUUAUCAUGUGAAUUGUUUUAUAUUUAAUUUCAUUCUCCUUCACAUUUACUCUUCCUCACUUCAGUGAUAUGUAUAAAAAUGUACCUUGUUUGUAUGCUUUCGGUGUAUGUAUCAUUUUCCUUUUGCUGUGCUGUUGAGGGAAAUUGUGAAAGUGGAAAUUGGUGUUAUAAGAAUGUUUAUUGACUGACAUGGCCCAUAUACCCUGACCUAUUUUAUUUUACAGUAAUGGUUUUAAAUACACCCUCUUGGAAGUGAAAAUAAUUGUAGUGCACCUGAAAUCAAAACACUAUUUUUCUACUGUAAAGAAAUAUAUACAUUAUGA